CAAUUUCUUCCCACCAAUGCCGGAGCUCUUCUAUAAAUUCCACCCGAGUGAUUAGCUUUCCAUAGAAUCUCACUUCCCAGAUUCUCGAACGGUGACUCGCGCAUGCUCUAGCAGAUCUAGGGUUUCGCUUCGUCGCAGAUGAGCUCCCGUUUUAUACGGUAAAGUAUCUCCGUCUGAGUGUCGGGAUUGGUAUUUUGAUAGAUCCAGAGAGACUCGAGGUUGGGAUUGGACAGAGAUUUGAGCGUCGAAGAUGAGUGAGUGCCAGAGGUUCCAGCUGGGGACCAUUGGGGCUUUGAGCUUGUCGGUGGUGUCAUCGGUUUCGAUCGUGAUUUGCAACAAGGCUCUCAUUAGCACUCUUGGUUUCACAUUUGCCACGACCUUGACAAGCUGGCAUCUUCUUGUCACGUUUUGUUCUCUUCAUGUGGCAUUAUGGAUGAAAUUUUUCGAACACAAGCCUUUUGAUCCAAGAACCGUAAUGGGCUUUGGCGUACUAAAUGGAAUCUCCAUUGGACUUUUAAAUCUUAGCUUGGGUUUCAAUUCUGUUGGGUUUUACCAGAUGACAAAACUCGCGAUUAUUCCAUGUACUGUUCUUUUGGAGACUCUUUUCUUUAGGAAGAAAUUCAGUAGGAGUAUCCAGUUCUCACUUGUCAUCCUUCUUUUUGGUGUCGGAAUUGCAACGGUGACUGAUCUUCAGCUCAAUGCCCUGGGUUCUUUAUUGUCUCUGCUUGCAGUCAUCACAACCUGUAUUGCUCAGAUCAUGACCAAUGCAAUCCAGAAGAAGUUCAAAGUUUCUUCAACCCAGCUUCUCUAUCAGUCUUGCCCCUAUCAGGCAUUAACUUUGUUCAUUGUUGGCCCAUUCUUGGAUGGGCUUUUGACUAAUCAAAAUGUCUUUGCUUUCAAAUACACGCCUCAAGUGCUGUUCUUCAUUGUCCUUUCCUGCCUGAUUUCUGUUUCUGUAAACUUCAGUACCUUUCUGGUUAUUGGGAAGACAUCUGCUGUCACCUAUCAGGUCCUAGGACAUCUGAAAACGUGCCUAGUUUUGGCCUUCGGCUAUGUUCUUCUUCAUGACCCAUUUAGCUGGCGCAAUAUUUUAGGAAUUUUGGUUGCUGUAGUUGGGAUGGCACUCUAUUCCUACAUUUGCUCUCGUGAGAGCCAGCAGAACGUUAAUGAGGCAUCGACACAGUUGUCCCAGGCAAAGGAAAGCGAAUCUGAUCCUCUUUUAAGUGUAGAAAAUGCAGCUGCGAUUUUAGGGGAUGGCGCUGCUCCAAAGGCCCCUUCAUGGAAAUCAAACAAGGAUCUGCAUGCAUAAAGUCACGGUAAUCAGAAACUAAUUAUUUUGCCCAAGCUCAAAAUUGGUAGACAAACCAGUCCAGCAAUGAAGAUGUUGCUGGUAAGGUCAUCCACAGCAACGAUUUGGGUAUCUGAGCUUAUAACUAUUUUGUAAAUGACUUGGGAGAAACAAAGCAUAUUCUAGGAGGGCAGAUUGAUAUAUGGGAGGACAGGCAACUUAAUGUACCUACAUUGUGCUCGUGCCAUCUAAUACACAGAGUCAGUCCUUUGAGACUAAGGUUUAGGGAAUGCAAUGGAAACUUAUUUUUUAGCAA